AUGUUGACAUCGUCCAACUCCUCCCGGGCGGCGGUGCGCUCGAUGGCUUCCUUCGCAUCUCGAGCAUCUGCCAGCUCUCCCGCAAUCACCCGCAGUGCUCUGGCAUUUACUGCCCGCUCCCCCGCUUCGCUCAGUUGCCGACGCACCUUGAGCUCCAAUAACCGCCACCUUCAACACUUUCCUCGUCUUCAAUCCCUCAACUUCAUCUCCAACAAGAGAGCUUUUGGCACCACCGUCAGAAUGGCUUCGGCAACCCGUACCGAAAGCGAUGCCUUUGGUGAAAUCCAGGUCCCCGCGGACAAGUACUGGGGUGCGCAGACCCAACGCUCCCUGGGCAACUUUGACAUCAACCAGCCCCAGGAUCGCAUGCCUCCCGCUGUUGUGAAGGCUUUCGGUAUUCUGAAGGGCGCUGCUGCUACUGUGAAUAUGAAGUUCGGUCUUGACCCCAAGAUUGGUGAGGCCAUCCAGCAAGCCGCCGCGGAGGUGGCGGAGGGCAAGCUCAUGGACCACUUCCCUCUUGUCGUUUGGCAGACCGGCUCCGGCACUCAGUCCAACAUGAACUCCAACGAGGUCAUCUCGAACCGUGCCAUUGAGAUUCUGGGAGGCCAGAUGGGUACCAAGAAGCCCGUCCACCCCAAUGACCACGUCAACAUGUCCGCCUCCUCCAACGACUCGUUCCCUACCGCUAUGCAUAUUGCCGCCGUUAUGGAGCUGGAGAACACCCUGCUUCCUUCCUUGACGAGCCUGCGCAAUGCCCUCCAGGUGAAGGUGGAGAAGUUUGAGAAGAUCAUUAAGAUCGGCCGUACUCAUCUGCAGGAUGCUACUCCUCUGACGCUUGGUCAGGAAUUCUCCGGCUAUGUCGCUCAACUCGACCGCAACAUUGAGCGCGUGCAGGCCUCCCUUCCCCACCUUCGCUAUUUGGCCCAGGGUGGUACUGCAGUGGGCACUGGUCUGAACACUUUCAAGGGCUUUGAUGUAGCCAUUGCGGCCGAGGUUUCCAAGCUGGCUGGAACCGAGUUCAAAACCGCCCCCAACAAAUUCGAGGUCCUGGCCGCUCAUGACGCUAUUGUUGAGGCUUCUGGCUCUUUGAACACUCUUGCUUGCUCCCUUUUUAAGAUUGCCCAGGAUAUCCGUUACCUCGGAUCGGGACCUCGCUGUGGUCUAGGGGAAUUAGUCCUCCCCGAGAACGAGCCUGGCUCCUCGAUCAUGCCUGGAAAGGUGAAUCCCACUCAGUGCGAGUCCCUCACCAUGAUCUGUUCCCAGGUUAUGGGUAACCAUGUCGCUGCCACCGUUGGUGGUAUGAACGGCCAGUUCGAGCUUAACGUGUUUAAGCCUCUCAUGAUCCGCAACUUGCUGCACAGCGUGCGCAUCCUUUCCGAUGGCAUGAGCAGUUUUGAGAAGCAUCUGGUGCUCGGUCUUGAGGCCAACGAGCCCAGAAUCAACAGUCUCCUCCACGAGAGUUUGAUGCUUGUUACCUGCCUUAAUCCCGUCAUUGGCUAUGACAUGGCCUCCAAGGUUGCCAAGAACGCCCACAAGAAGGGCAUUACCCUGAAGGAGAGUGCUAUGGAGCUGAAGGCCUUGAGCGAAGAGGAUUUCGACAAGCACGUUCGGCCGGAGCUGAUGUUGAGCCCGAAGGAGAAGAAAUAG